CGGAAGUCCGAGGAGAGGCUCUCUCCGUCUGAUGUAGGAAGUGGACGGACUAUUGUUUACGUUUUUUACCCGAAACCAACAAUAAAACACCCGAAAAUGACACCGAUAUAGCGGAGCCCAGAGGGAUUCUGACACUGAACACAGUAUAUGUUUGUUUUACUAAGUUGUUUUAUAUCUCGGUGGGAUCUGAGAAGGUUUUAAAGGGUUUUGUGUGAGUUGUGAAGGCCAAUGAUCAAAUUUGAUUAAAAACUGAUUGAGGAGCUUCAGUUACAGCAAACAGUGCCCGGCAGAGGUCAAGAAACCCGAGAUCUGUCCACACUCACUCCAGUAUAUUUGAGUUUUAUUUUUUUAAUCCAGGCUUUUGAAAGGGUUUAUGAGCAUGUACGCACCCCCGGGAACAGCUGCGCCAGGAAACCGGAGGAGGAGAGCUGGAACAGCUCUACCUAAACAUCCUGAGCGGAGUUUAGCCUCAGCGCUGCCCGGGGCGCUUUCAAUCACUGCACUCUGUACGGCCCUGGCAGAACCAGCCUGGCUCCGUGUCCAUGGUGGAAACUGUCCCAGACAAGAGCUCGGUGUGGCAGAUGUCCUGGGAUAUGUAGAUGACAAACUCAUCAAGGAUUACUGUAUCAACUCUCAGUCCAUCCUGCUCAUGCGGGUCAUUGCUGCUUUCUGUUUCUUGGGCAUUUUGUGCAGCCUCACGGCGUUUCUGUUGGAUGUCUUUGGACCCAAACAUCCAGCCCUCAAGAUCACACGCAGAUACGCUUUCGCUCACAUCCUCACAGUGCUCCAGUGUGCUACAGUCAUCGGCUUCUGCUACUGGGCUUCUGAACUGAUUCUGUCCCUGCAGCAGCAGCACAAGAAAUACCACGGCUCACUCAUCUACGUCACUUUUGCCAUCAGCUUCUACCUGGUAGCCGGUGCAGGCGGAGCCUCCAUUUUAGCCACGGCGGCCAACCUGCUCCGUCAUUACCCCACCGAGGAGGAGGAGCAGGCCCUGGAGCUCCUCUCAGAGAUGGAGGAGAGCAGUGAAACAUACCCAGCUGACUAUGACAUUGCCAACCAAUUCCAGCCUCCGCCGGCAUAUACACCCUGAUUGCCAGCCACUGUCGCCCCACGCAUCCCCUACGCCAUCCUUUGGCCUUCAUGUAGAGAAAUGAUGUUCAGAUUUUAGGUGUGCCAUCAAAACUACUAUAUAUUCAGUAUUCCAGAUCAUGCCCAAUGCCCAAAUCCAUGCACACAUUUAAAUGAGCGUCUUACUUUGGCAGAUAGAGCUUGCGUGCAUGGAAUAAAACAAAGAGAAUAAUUAUGCCAUUGCUUGUAGGAUUCCAUUCGAAUACAUCUUGCAGUUGUUUGCAUGUAUCUGGCGAUAAAACCCCACAGAUUUUUGCUUUUUCGCCAUGCUUUAUUAUUAAAUAAAGACUUGAAAUAUGUACAGCAUCUCAGCAUAAUGCUUGUUGAAGAUGCAUUUCCCAGGAGCCUCUUUGGCACACUAAACUGUGGGGAGUUCAUUUUAUUUUUUUCUAAAGGUUUGUCUUUUUUAAAUUUUUUUUUGCUUCAUCACAGGUUUAUCACGUUUUCCAUUUUAAAUGUUGAGCUGCACUUUUGACUUUUUAAAAUCAUGCUAGGUAUCAAAGUAUCCUUUAAUUUAUUUUAAUUCAUCAAUAGUCCGUAUAUGCACACUUCUGGAUGUAUCCCAUUGCAU